AUGGUGCUCCUAUCACACACCGGUGAUUCUCCCGAUUCUAGGCAAAAGGCCGAUUCGACCUCUGCUCCCGAAAUCACCGUCGACCCCGGCAACAUGGUCCAUCUCGCCUCUCCCGGCCAUCACCAGCGAUGCCGCCAAUCGAGGCAGUGGCAGCGGAUCCUCAUUGAGGAUCCCCGGCCCAAGUCCCCUCUCCACCUCGUCGAGAAUUCAGACUCCUACACUACCAGCGUCUACGGCUCCCGCUUCGCCGGCGAGAAUCUUCCCAAGGUGGAGAUGCCCGAGACCGAGAUGCCUAAGGAGGUCGCCUACCGCCUGAUCAAGGACGAUCUGAGUCUUGAUGGAAGAAGAGGCCGAGAAGCUCAUGGCCGAGUCCUUUUCAAGAAUUUCAUCGACUACGAAGAGUACCCGCAGAGCGCCGAUAUCCAAAAUCGAUGCGUGUCCAUGAUUGGCCGUCUCUUCCACGCCCCCGUAGCUAGCGACGGCAGCGGCGCCGUUGGCACCUCGUGCGUUGGUUCCUCGGAGGCCAUCAUGCUUGCCGUGCUAGCCAUGAAAAAGCGAUGGAAGAACAGGCGCACCGCUGCUGGUCUUUCCAUCGACAAGCCCAACAUCAUCAUGUCGUCUGCCGUCCAAGUGUGCUGGGAAAAGGCAGCGAGAUAUUUCGAGUUGGAGGAGAAGCUGGUGUACUGCGCGCCGGACCGAUUCAUCAUCGAUCCCGAGCAGGCCGCUGACUUGGUGGAUGAAAACACGAUCGGAAUUUGUGUCAUCUUGGGCACUACGUACACUGGCGAGUACGAGGACGUCAGAGCCGUGAGCGAUAUCUUGGUCGAGAGAAAGCUGGAUGUUCCCAUCCACGUCGACGCCGCGAGCGGUGGCUUCGUCGCGCCCUUUAUCUCGCCCGAGCUCGAGUGGGACUUUCGCUGCGAAAAGGUGGUUUCCAUCAACGUCUCGGGCCACAAGUAUGGCCUCGUCUACCCCGGCGUAGGCUGGGUAUUAUGGCGCUCGCCCGAGUUCCUCCCCCAAGAGCUCGUCUUCAACAUCAACUACCUCGGCGCCGACCAAGCCUCCUUCACCCUCAACUUUUCCAAGGGCGCCUCCCAAGUUAUUGGCCAGUACUACCAGCUGAUUCGCCUCGGCAAACGCGAGCCUCCGCCAGGCCAACAACUUCAUCAUCAUGUCCAAACCCGCCGGCGAGGGCUGCCCCUCGUCGCCUUUCGCUUCAAGGACGAUCCCGAGCGCGAGUACGACGAGUUCACCCUCGCCCACCAGCUGCGCGUCCGCGGCUGGGUCGUGCCCGCUUACACCAUGGCGCCCCAUACGAACAAGAUGAAGAUGCUCCGCGUCGUCGUCAGGGAGGACUUUUCCAAGAGCCGCUGCGACAACUUGAUUGCCGAUAUCAAGCUGUCUAUUAAUUUCCUGGACAACCUCGACCGCGAGAGCAUCAAGAAGCACGAAGCCUAUGUUCUGAGGCACAAUACCGCGAGCGGUCGCGCUACGCACAACCCCCUGCCUACUCUACAAGUGCUCGGCUAA